GACAGCGCUCUCUUGGCUGCGGGCUCGCUUUAGGUGCUGCGGCACGGGAUGGCGGAGGCGCCUCCUGUCUCAGGUACUUUUAAAUUGAAUACAGAAGCCKCUGAAUUCAUCCCUCAGGAGAGAAAAAAUUCUGGUGUAAAUUGUGGGACUCAAAGAAGAUCAGACUCCAAUAGGAUUGGCAGAAGAAAUUAUAGUUCCUCACCUCCCUGUCACAUUUCUAGGCAGAUUCCUUAUGAUGACAUCACUGUUGUUCAUCAGCACAGUUAUCCUUCAGGAAGUAAACCUAAGAGUCAACAGACUUUUUUCCAGUCUUCUACUUCUAAUAAGUCACUCAAGAACCAUAACCUUCAGAGUCAGCCUUGGCAAAAAUUAAAGCAUGAAAAACAUCACAUCAGAGUCAAGAAAAUACAAGGGCUCAAUGACCAGGGCUCAGAUACAAUUAGCUUAGAAAGUGUGGCCAGGCCAGAGAGUGGGACAAACCUCAGUGAGUAUAGCCCUUCUGAGAGUGAGAAAGAAAUUGUUGGUGCAGAUCCCAGGGGAGCAAAACCGAAAAAGUCAGCUCARUUUAUAUACAGUUAUGGUAGAGGAUCAAAAGUCAAGGGGAAACUAAAGUGUGAAUGGGGUAACAAAAUGACUCCAAAACCUGAGGAUGCUGGACUUGAAAAUACCAAAUCUGUGGGGGUUUGCCACCCUGACUCUUCAGAUGCAUCCUGUAAAAAAGGAGCACUGGAUGGGUAUGGAGCCAGACGAAAUGAGCAAAGAAGAUACCCACAGAAAAGGCCUCCGUGGGAAGUGGAAGGGGCCAGGCCACGACCAGGCCGGAAUCCACCAAAACAAGAGAGCCAACGACAUACAAAUGCAGGGCCCAGAAUCAACCUGGCCCCCAUUCCAAAGGACAAUCUCAAUGAAAGACCAACAAAAUCAGCCUGUGACAGUGGGAAUUUGGCAGUUGUCAACAAGUCUUCCAGAAGGGUUGACCAAGAGAAAAGUGCUAUAAGGAGACAGGAUCCUCAAGUGAUAUCUUCUUUCUCCCGAGGCAAACAGAACCAUGUGUUAAAGAAUGUGGAAACCCAUACAGGUUCUCUAAUUGAACAGCUGACUACAGAAAAAUAUGAAUGCAUGGUGUGCUGUGAAUUGGUUCGUGUCACAGCCCCAGUGUGGAGUUGUCAGAGCUGUUAUCAUGUGUUUCAUCUGAACUGCAUAAAGAAAUGGGCAAGGUCUCCAGCAUCUCAAGCAGAUGGCCAGAGUGGUUGGAGGUGCCCCGCCUGUCAGAAUGUGUCUGCACAUGUUCCUAAUACCUAUACUUGUUUCUGUGGCAAAGUAAAGAAUCCUGAAUGGAGCAGAAAUGAAAUUCCACAUAGUUGUGGUGAGGUUUGUAGAAAGAAACAGCCUGGCCAGGACUGCCCACAUUCCUGUAACCUUCUCUGUCAUCCUGGUCCCUGCCCACCCUGUCCUGCUUUUAUGACUAAAACGUGCGAAUGUGGACGUACCAGGCACACAGUUCGCUGUGGUCAGGCUGUCUCAGUCCACUGUUCUAACCCAUGUGAGAAUAUUUUGAAUUGUGGGCAGCACCAUUGUGCUGAGCUGUGCCAUGGGGGUCAAUGCCAGCCUUGCCGGAUCAUAUUGAACCAGGUAUGCUACUGUGGCAGCACCUCCAGAGAUGUGUUAUGUGGAACAGACAUAGGAAAGUCUGAUGGAUUUGGGGACUUUGGCUGUUUAAAGAUAUGUGGCAAGGACUUGAAAUGUGGGAGCCAUACGUGUUCUCAAGUGUGCCAUCCUCAACCCUGCCAGCCUUGCCCACGGCUCCCCCAUCUGGUGCGCUGUUGCCCUUGUGGCCAAACCCCUCUCAGCCAAUUGCUAGAACUCGGAAGUAGCGGACGGAAAACGUGCAUGGACCCUGUUCCUUCAUGUGGAAAAGUGUGUGGCAAGCCUCUGCCUUGUGGUUCCUCAGCCAAGGAGCUUCCAUGUACCAGUCUCAAAAGUGAAGAUGCUACAUUUAUGUGUGACAAGCGGUGUAACAAGAAACGGUUAUGUGGACGGCAUAAAUGUAACGAGAUAUGCUGUGUGGAUAAGGAGCACAAGUGUCCUUUGAUUUGUGGGAGGAAACUUCGUUGUGGCCUUCAUAGGUGUGAAGAACCUUGUCAUCGAGGGAACUGUCAGACAUGCUGGCAAGCUAGUUUUGAUGAAUUAACCUGCCACUGUGGAGCAUCAGUGAUCUACCCUCCAGUUCCUUGUGGUACUAGGCCUCCGGAGUGUACCCAAACCUGUGCCAGAAUCCAUGAAUGUGAACAUCCAGAUUUUCUACAAUAUGGGUUACGAAGCAACAUCCCCUGUCACCUGGUUGAUAUCUCUUGCGGAUUACCCUGCAGUGCUACGCUACCAUGUGGGAUGCACAAGUGUCAGAGACUCUGUCAUAAAGGAGAAUGUCUUGUGGAUGAGGCCUGCAAACAGCCCUGCACCACACCCAGAGCUGACUGUGGCCACCCAUGUAUGGCAUCUUGCCACCCCAGCUCACCCUGUCCAGUGACUGCUUGCAAAGCCAAGGUAGAGCUACAGUGUGAAUGUGGACGAAGAAAAGAAAUGGUGAUUUGCUCUGAAGCAUCCAGUACCUAUCAAAGAAUAGCUGCUAUUUCUAUGGCCUCUAAAAUAACAGACAUGCAGCUUGGAGAUUCAGUGGAGAUCAGCAAGUUAAUUACCAAGAAGGAAAUUCAACAAGCCAGGCUGGAGUGUGAUGAGGAGUGUUCAGCCUUGGAAAGGAAAAAGAGGUUAGCAGAGGCAUUUGAUAUCAGUGAUGAUUCUGAUCCUUUUAAUAUACGUUCUUCAGGAUCAAAAUUCAGUGAUAGUUUGAAAGAUGAUGCCAGGAAGGACUUAAAGUUUGUCAGUGAUGUUGAGAAGGAAAUGGAAACCCUUGUGGAGGCUGUGAAUAAGGGAAAGAUUAGUAAGAAAAGCCACAGCUUCCCUCCCAUGAACAGAGACCACCGCCGGAUCAUCCAUGACUUGGCCCAAGUUUAUGGUCUGGAGAGCGUGAGCUAUGACAGUGAACCAAAGCGCAACGUUGUAGUCACUGCCAUCAGGGGGAAGUCCAUUUGUCCGCCUACCACACUGACAGGUGUGCUUGAAAGGGAAAUGCAGAUACGACCUCCACCACCAAUUCCUCAUCACAGACAGCAGACAGACAAGAAUCCUGGAAGCAGUAAUUUACAGAAGAUAGCAAAGGAGCCAGUAAUUGACUACUUUGAUGUCCAGGACUGAGAUCAAGAUGCACUUAGAUAAAAGAAUAAUUAGAUGUAGUAGAGACUUAUUUGCCAGCAGAUAAAUCAUGCUUGUUCCUCACUGCCUGGCAGACCACAGCCUCAUGUGCUGUCUUGUACUGAUACAUCCAAGCAUGAGWGUUUCAGAAAUCCCCUUGUCUAUUCCUACAUGUAUAAAGUGUUUCACUAUGGCCAGAUCUCUGAUUGUAUGGUCACUAGGUUUUCAGUGAUAUAUUUAAAGAGUCUCUUCAAAUCAUCACUGUGAUUGCUCUGAGGGUUGGGGGAAUAUUGGGUUUUAUUUGAACAAAUCAGAAUUUUUGCCCAAAACUGGCUUCAUGGCACUUAGUCAUAGUUUCAGUUUUCCCAGUUGUUCCUCCUCCUGAAAAUGCUUGCAACAUCAGAUAGAUCUCUGCAAAUUCUCAGCCUGAAAUACCAAAUAUAAAUUCGUAUACCAAAUUUGAAAUCACUCCUGUCAUCUUAAACCUAACCAUCUUUCCUAAGUCUUACUGUAUUUUGCCAAAAGCUGUCUUGGAGCUAUCUAGAUGAACUUCUUUUUAAUGUUUCCUAAUACUGUCAGUUCUAGACCUACAAGAAAGUCAGGUUACUUUAUAGAAUUCCAUUUUCUCAAGUUCCUGAUGCUUCUUAUACCACAUCACUGAGCCUGUCCAGUGACAGUUUAGCCAUCUCCCAUAAUAAAGGGCGUAGAACAAGCUUUUCCUUUUACCAGAUUCACACUGUGGCCUCUAUGAACUGACUAGUGUAAUCCUAACUCCUYUCUGGUUGAUAAAGAGUCUCAUAUAGACAACUGUCCUGCAUUGCUUUUUCCUAGGCCUUCAACAGCCAUGUUGAUUUUCUCUGAGCUCUGGACCUCUGAAUAUUCAAAGAAGUAUGUGGAUAGUCCAGAGCUUAUGCCCAGAAGCCCACUGGAGGCAUUCUUCAGGCUCCUUUAAAGCAGGUGUGUCAACAGUUAAAUUAAUUUGGCCCCCUUUGCAUUGGUAACCCUCUAGUAUGGAGACCAGAUUUCCAGCAGCUUCCUUCUGCUUCAAAACAAACCUUGAUCCCCAGAGCAGCAGAAGGAAAUUUGAGAUGUGAAAUUUCAAAUUCAGGCAUUUUUGUAAGAAGAGCAGGGUUUCCCUUUGGUCCUCACCCAACCUACUUUGAAAGGUUGAGGUAUAGCAUGGCAACAGACAACUGGAAAGAAAUGACAGAAAAAAACAAAACUUCCUCUCUUUGGGCCCAUUUAGCAUAAGGUCUGUGACCCUACACACAACAGAAAUACCACAAGCAUCUGUUAGGUCUUUAAAGUGGUGGAUUAGGUGGGUGAACUCUGUGAAGGCAUCUCAGAAUCAGCAGGAGGCAAGAGGUCUGACUUCAGGUUCUAGCUCUGCUACACAACUUGCCACUUGAUGGAGUGGAAGUUUCACCUACCUCAUCAGGGUUGUGAGGAUUAAAUGAAUAGCAGCUGUGGAAGUGCCUGAUCCAUCAGAGGAACUCAAAGUUCAUGAAAAUUACAUUUGGUAUCUGAAAAAAUUGGUAAACAUUUCUCCAUAAUGCUAUCCAAAUAAAGGGAUGGAAUGCCUGCCAGGCUGCUCCUUAUGAAUGGCUGCAUGUUUUCCAGAUGCCACUUGUGUAUUGGGACUACGAGAGGCAGAUGUUCCGGGGCUUGAGGAAGAAUUGUUCAGAUUGGGAUGAGACUGUAAAGGUAGAUGUGUGUCAGCUGAUGAGAACCACUGAUGAACUCUAAGUAGAACAGCAUGGCCAAAUUCCUAAUCCAGAGCAGCAGUCAGCAAAUAUUUCUGUAAGCAACUAGAGUAAUAGACGUGCAACUUACAGUUUCUGUUAACAACUAGACAACUCUGCCAUUGUGUGAACACAGCCAUAGAUAGUACAUAAUCUCACCUUACUUAGAAUCAYGUUUAGGGGGCUAGGGUUGUAGCUCAGUGGUGGAACGCUUGCCUAGCAUGUGUGAGGCACRUAAAUAAAAUAAAU